AUGCCAGACUUCAAUAAACCAUUUAUUGUUCAGGCAGAUGCUUCUGACAUUGGAAUUGGAGCAGUACUCCUACAAGAACAUGAAGACGGACUGGUUCCAGUAAUGUACAUAAGUAAAAAAACUGUUGAGCAAUGUAUUGCUAUUGUUCGGCCUUUAACAUCGAGGAUGUCAAAGGUAAAAGCAAGAGUGCUCAUUACUAUGAUCUGGUUGUGUAGUAUAGCCAUCGCUCUCCCAGCGCUACUGUUUUCUACCACAGAAACCUACAGCUACGGUAAGGAGGGAGACAGAAUUUUGUGUUACCUUCACUGGCCUGACGGACGAAGUGGAGUUUCAACAGCGGAUUACGUGUACAAUAUUUUGUUCCUUUCUCUGACCUACGCCGUUCCUAUGAUUUCGAUGGGAGUUGCUUACGCCUUCAUGGGCCAUGUGUUGUGGGGUGGAAAAACCAUUGGAGAAGCUACUGAACGUCACAAAAAAGUGAACAAGUCAAAGAAAAAGGUGGUCCGCAUGCUUAUUGUUAUUGUCUUAAUCUUCGCCAUUUGUUGGUUACCCUACCACGUGUUUUUCCUCUACACCUAUCAUUAUCCAGAGACUGCUUACACCGAUUACAUUCAGCCUUUAUUCCUGUCUUUCUACUGGUUAGCGAUGUCUAAUUCGGUCUACAAUCCUGUAAUUUACUACUGGGCUAAUAAACGGUUUAAGCAAUAUUUCCAAUCAGUCCUGUGCUGUAGAAAAAACCUUGAAUUACCCACUAGACCGAAUGCUUUGAAGCGCCAAGAGAAACAUCAGUAUUUCUUAGAACGACUUUAUUGCUACAUUUCGACAAAAGAUAACAGGACUGAAGGAAAAAACUUUGUACGUUAUUCCGAGAAAGAUGAUAAUGAAGACAGAAUAGCUGAGGAUGUCCUUUAA